AAAUAAUGAAAUUUUUUAUUUUUUAGGCCAAUUUUCCCAUAAAAAUGUCUAAAAUACGAGUAGAUAUUCGUGCUAAAGAGGAUUAUAUUUUUGCAGGAGAGUUUCUUUCAUUUAUUAUCACUUUUAAACAUGAAAUUGUGGGUACAAAAGAGACGACAGAAAACUGGAAAAAACAAAAUAAAUCGCAAAAAGAAGAGUUUUAUCAAAAAAAAACAGAGGAUCCAGUAAGAGGACAGUCAGAUUUAUUAUUAUUCAAAAAAAACAAAAAAAAAACAGUGUUUUUAGAGAGAAAUACGGAUAUUUUGGAAAAAGAAAAUAUUAAUGAUGAAGAGGAAAUAGAGGGCUCAAUAUCAUCAGAUAUGUUAGAUAUAAGUUUUGGCAAAAAAGAAAAAGAAAAUGAGGAAAAAAAACUAGAGGAUAAAAUAAUAAAAAAAGAUAAGAUAGAAAAUAAUAAGGAAGCUAUAUUUGAUAAUUCAGAGAAUGAUUUUUCAGAUAAAAAAGUGGAAUUGGAGGAGGAACAAGAAAAUAUAGAUGUUUUUUAUGAUUUCAAUAUCAAAAGCCAUAAUUUAAACGAUUUAGAAAUGAAUUCCCAAUUGAAUCUAGAUUCUGUUAAAAUUUCAGAGGGAUCAUCAGAGAAUGAAUUAAAAGAAACGCUUUUGAUAGGAUAUAUUCAGAUCAUUGGAUAUUUUAUUUUAAACGAAAAAAUUAUUAACGUAGAAAAGUUUGAAGAAUUUAUAACAAAUAAAUAUUCUAGAAAAUCAACUAAAGACGAAUUAGUUAGAAUUGACUCUAAAGUGAAUCAGAAGUCACACUUUAUUAAUAAUUUAAAUAUAAAUUAUCGAUUAAAUAAUUUAUUAAAAAACCAACCAAUGAGUUCAUUAGGCAAAUUUAAAAAAAUAAAAAAAUUAAAAAAUGUUCCUAUACUAUCUACACCACCGUCUAUUCUUUUUAUUGAUCUUGAAUUAGCACCAGGAGAAAGUCGCAGUUAUAGUUAUAACUUUAAAUUACCUUCCCAACUUCCACCAAGUUAUGAGGGUAAAUCUAUAAAAAUAAAUUAUCAUUUAUCUAUUGGUACGCAAUGUUCAGGAAAAAGUAUACAACCAUUAAAAGUAUCAAAUAUUCCGUUUGAAGUUUUAUAUAAAAUUGAUGAGUCAGGGAAUCAAAUCAUAUAUGAUCUUUUUUCUCCUAUAAUAUAUUUAACUGAUGAAGCAGAAAUAUUUUCAUAUGAUUUAUCAGAAAAUGAUCAUAUCUCAAAUACAGAAGAGAAAUCCAAUGAUUUAGAUUUUGGAUAUGAGUACGAUAAAUAUUCUAAGGAAGAUUUUAUUUGUUAUUUAUCAGAACAUUUACUUGACGAAUCUCUAAAAAAAUUACUUUUAUCUAAUAGUAUUGGAGAAAAUACACAAGAAUGUUUUUCUGAUGCUCAAGAAAAAAUAAAUCCUCUAGUUGAUAUGAAAAAUAUAAUACAAGAUAUAACUGAAAACAAUUCAUCAUAUAAUAAUUUUUCAAAUAAAAAAUUCAAUAUUAAUAAGAAUGGAAAUAUAAUUGGCAUUAUAUCAAUUUUGAAACUAUCUUAUAAACUAGGAGAAACAAUAAUAGGAGUUAUCGAUUUUUCAUCCUCAAAAAUACCAUGUUAUCAUGUAAAAUUUUUUCUGGAAACAACAGAAAUAAUUGACGAAUCAAUCACCCACUGUUCAAAGGCCAAUAUUUCUCAAACAACUCGUAAAAUAUAUGAUAGUUAUUCAGAAACUACAUUAUGUGCUUCUAGAAUACAAUUUAAACUACUUAUUCCUUCUAAAGCUCCAUUUUCUUUCAAAACUUCUGGAAUUUCCUUAUUAUGGACAAUACGAUUAGAAAUAACAAUCCCGUUAACUUCUGAACAGCUAAAUCAUGCGGAAUAUUCUCUUACAAAAACCUUAGCUCUUCAAAAGUUACUCAAGGAGAAUUAUAGAGAUUAUAGAGAAACACAUUAUUUUGCGUCAUCUUCUUUGGAGUGUGAAACUUUCUACUGCACAAUACCUAUUAUGGUUUUUCCUUCAUUAAAAUCACGCCUUUCUUCAAAUCUUUUAAACACAACAUUUUAUAUAUAA